CCCUGACCUAUAACGAGCAUACCUGUCGCGUCGUAGGACCCCUAACUGGGGGAGAGGAGACCCUCCCCCAUCCUGGGACUAGAUAGUCAUGUCGCGACAGCAGGGCAUAGGCGAUAUAGUGAGGUGUGGUAUUCCAGAACUUUAGGUUGAAAGUCAGGAGUGGGCCUACCUCACUACAAGUUGGUGAAUGGAAAGGAACAAGAUCUACCUGGGGAAUCCUUUCCACUUGUUCUCCCUUCCCCCCAGCCAAAUAUUAGGACCCCCAGCUCUCCACAGGAAGUAUCCCCAGUUCCCUUCUUCCCUUAGUGAUGUAGAGAGGACGCCGGCGGGCCGCAGGUUCUUCUCCUUUUAGCAGUUGCCCUUCCAGAGAUUCCCAACAUCAGAUUGAAACCAAAAAGGAGACCCAGGCAUUUGAGUUGAGUGAUUGGAUCAGACACCCCCAGCUAUGACCAGUUCCCCUGUAUCUAGAGUUGUCUACAAUGGCAAAAGGAAUAGUAGUCCCCGGUCUCCAAGCAACAGCAAUGAGAUCUUUACCCCAGCUCAUGAAGAGAACGUUCGCUUCAUUUAUGAAGCAUGGCAGUGUGUGGAACGAGAUCUCCGGAACCAGAUGUCUGGCAGUGAACGAGGCCUGGUGGAGGAGUAUGUGGAAAAGGUUCCUAACCCCAGCCUGAAGACUUUCAAACCUUUUGACUUGAGUGACCUGAAACGCCGGAACACACAAGAUGCCAAGAAGUCCUAAGGGCAGUGGCCUGGCCGCUCCCUUCCUCCCCAUGGCCUCUGGAAGAUUGAAAGUUGCAGAAUUUAUGUUGGUUUUUCUCCCUCUCCUCUGGGCCCAUCUCCCUGGCAGGGCAAGUAAAGGGCCAUGCUCAUGUUGGGCUGAGUACCUGCAAGGAUGGACUUGAUUGACACUCAAGGCCCUCCCUCCCCUUCUCCUCCUUCCUUUUUCUUUAGGGAGGUUCCAAGUUGUUACUGUGACUUGGGGGACUUGGCCCCUGUCACCACCCAUCCUCUCAUACUCUAACCUGUGUGUCUCUGGAGUUGCCUGUCUCUGUCUGCCCUCCAAGCAGCCUAGGGCCCUCAUUUUCCCUUUUUGGCUUUUAGAUGCCAAGGCAGCUGAGCAUGGCAACCCUCCCAUCUCUUCCUGUACUUCUGAGAUAAGGUGGAAGGAGCAGGGGACAUCUGGGGGGGCCUGGGACCAGUGGGAGUUGAAUCAAAUUAGUUCUCUAAGGUGGUGAGGUGGGAGCUCCAUCCUCCCACAACUUGGUUCCACUGUAAACAUCUGCUAUUGCCUCUGUCUUGGGCGAGCUGGGAAAUCUCCAUUCUUCCUUUCCCAGGUGUUCAACUGAGCCUCUUUCCCUGCUUUCCAAACCCUUUUGGCCCCAGCUCCCUCAUGCCUGGGUAGCCCUCUAGGACCCAUUCCCCACAGGGUUAUCAGGCAGCCAUGCCAAGUGUCUCCUAAAUCAGCAGCCUCUCUCCCUUAGGAGCCCCACACCCUGAGGCUCAGUGGCUGCUAUUGUUCCCUGGUCUAUCCUAUUCCCAGCUGGUAGUUUUACUGAGAGGGUUACCAGUAGUUCCCUUUUUUCUUUUUGUUACAGUUUGAGAGCUGAGUUGUUUGCCAUUACUCUGUAGCCUGAGGAGCUGUAAAUAAAGAUGGGGUUAGGCGUUUGGAAUGUGCCUCUGGCUGAGUUUGUAGCCCCCUAUAGCCAAGUUGGUCAGGCCUGAUAUUGUUUCAAGGGCCCACUCAAUACUAGUACCUUGAGUAUCAGGCCAUUUUUCCUCCUAGGCCUUGGGAUGGGCUUCCAGCAUGAGACCUGAACAGGUGGUAGAAAGAAUCUUUUACAAUUUUAUCUUAUGUGUCAAGAAUAUAUUGUCUUUCUUAGGGCUUUGGAUUUGAUAAAAAUGAAAUUAGAGGUUAUGAGCAAGAUCAUGAGAGUCCAGAUAUUAUGGGAUGUCAUUAAUAUAUGCUCAAAGAGCUUUCCUAACAAAGGAAUUGUGAAAAUUUCUCUGCUCCCAUGAUAUUUAUUGGCUUGACUUUUCAUUAGAAGGCACUGGAUCUGAGAGCCUGCCUCUCCUGGUCAGUAGUGACCCCUGCUCUGGCUCAAACAGUGGCAGAAUUCCUUUCAAUAGUACCAGCUUCUCUAUUAGGCCCAGUUUGGUUUCUGUGAUUUAUCUCAUUCCCUCCUGACCCUAUUGUACCACACUUAGUUUAGUAGAAUAGUCUCCAGUCUUUAUGGGAUAUGGUGCUCUUGGGAAGGGAACAGUAACUUUCCUGUGUAUUUGGACUGGACCUCAGAUUUCCAUUAAUUUCUGCUCUACUCAGAAGAUCUAUCUCUUCUGACAUCUUUUCUUUGAACCUAAUAGAGAAACCUGUGGCCAACAAACAGUAUCCCAUCUGAGGUUUGAGUUCUCAAAUUUGUCAUUAGAUUGACCUAGAAACAUCCCCGACAUUUUGGUCUGUCCAGACAUGGAACAUUCCUCCUGUCUCAGGCAAUUGAAUUCAAACAGGAAUUCUCUAUGAAGAUUUAUUUCAGCAAUGCCCUUUCCCAGAAUAGUCUCCUGGGACUUGGGUGGCAUCUCAGGCAGUAUCAAUGCAAUCCUCUUCCCCCAAGCUUAGGCUAACAGCUGAAGCCCUCUUUGUGCCCUGCCCUGAAUCUUAGCUCCUACUCUGUGGGCACCUUUGCUGUCAGGCCUGGCUAGCUAGCCACAGGGAGGGGAGGGACUGAGAACACAGGGGGAGGAAAAUUUGGUCUCGGACACUGGGAAUAGAUGGUGAUAGUUCUGAGACUGGAGACACAAUCUGAGGAAACGGGAUUCAAAAAAGCCAGAGUUAGCCUUGUUUGUACUUUCAUACUACCAAUUGUUGGUAUUAUAGAGCCAGAAAGGACUUUAGAGAUCUUCUCAUGGAACAGACAAGAGGCUGAGGCUUAGAGCAGGAAGGAAUGUGAUGUUUCUAAUCACUGAAUGAAUUAAUGACAGAGCCAAGACUAGAACCCAGGCCUCUUGACUCCUAAUUAGUAUACUUUCUACUUAUGGAGUAUUUAUCAGAUUGGUUUGGUUUCCUGACAUAAGACUGGAGAACAGAGAGGCAACAGCAACCUGGAGGCCUCUCCUAACCAUCAGUCUGAUACUUGUGACAGCUCAUUUCCUGUCCUAUAUUACAUGGACAUCACUGGAUCCUCGGGGAUCCUUUUACUCACUUUCUCUGCUAAACUUUCACAAAGUCCUUUAAAGCAUUUGACAGCAAUGAGACUGUUUCUACACUUGUGACUUCUGUGUACUGCCAAAGAGAUUGAAUACUAUCUUUUCAAAAAAUAUGAAGAUAUUCAGCUCACUAUGGUUAAAACUGGUUUGAUAGACACUAAAAAGCAAAAAUUUCAGUUUAGUUAAUGAUUCAAUUAAAAAAUAAAGUUUAGAGAAUAAAAAGAAUGUGGUUCAUUUCAGUUUAAGGGUUUACAGUUAGGUAUAGGUCAAGGUCUUAAUCAAGAAUUGACCUGACCCUAGUCAUGGCAAAUUAAGGACCAGUCUUGCCAAUUUUCCACCAUUGAAUUAAUCACUCUUAUCUGUAUCUGUUAUCAACAACCUUUACUUAUAGCUGAUGAUCUCCCAUUCAUGGAGGAUUGAAAAUAUCUGGUUGAAAUUACAGUCUAACUCUAAGUCAAUUCAAUUCAGCAAAUAGGUAUCCACUGUGUGAUAAGCAUUAUGCUAGUUACUACAGAUACUAAAACAAUAGCUUACAUUCUAUGGAGAAGAUAACAGCAUUCAUACACAUAAAAUACAAGUACUUUGAGGAGUGAGCAUUCACUAUGGAGAUUAGGAAAAAUUUUUACAUGGGAAAUGAUAUCUGGACUGACCCUUGGUGAAGAGCCAAGGGAUUUAAUAGAGAGAUAUGAGCAGGGAGUACAUUUACUGAUUCUUUAUUCAUGACAGGCCCACUGACUAGGUGUCUUCAUUGCUCUGUCCCUGAGCCAUUUUGCCUUUUCUAUCUACACUAUCUUGGUAAUCUUAUUAGCUCCCACGGGAUCAAUUAUCUCUAUAAAAAUGAUUGCCAUAUCUAUGUAUCCCUUAGGCAUCUCAACAUUAUCUUUUUCCCAAACUAUCCCCUCUCCUGAGUUUCUCUAUUAUUGUUGAAGGCACUUCCAGCCUCCAGGCUUAAAAUUUCUGUGUCAUCCUCUACUUAUUCUCUUUCACAAAACAUUCAUUUGAUUGCUAAAUCUUGUCAUAUCUAUCUUUACAACAUCUCUCCUAUAUAUUCCCUUGUUGUCUCUUGACUUAUUUCAUUAGCUUUUAAAUUAGUCUCCCUGCCAUAAGUCUUUCCUCACUCUAAUCCAUAUUUCAAUUGCCAGAGAGAUUUUCCUAAAUUGCAGGUCUGAUCAUGUCACUGCUUUAUUUAUUAAACUCCAGGAACUCCGUAUUAUCUCUAGGAUCAAAUGUAAAAAUCUGAGUUUUAUGUUUAAUGCUUUUCUUAAUCUAGCUCCUUCCUAUUUUUCUAAGAAUUUUUUUUUUUAACUUUUACAAAAGAGUUACUUAUCAAGAAGAUAGGGCAGAGCCAAGAUGGCAGAGAUUAGACAGCUCUUUGCCUGAACUCUUUCUGGCUUGCUUCAGAAUCAAUACCAGAUCAAGCUUCUAAAUGCAUUUUGGAGUAAUAGAACCCAAAAAUAUUUGGAAUGUAACAAAUUUCCAACAGAAGAUAUUUUGAAA